AUGCGUCGUGCCCGAGAUGGGUAUCAUUACCAACCAGUGCCUCGAGUGGCAACUGAAGAUGCACUGGAAUAUGAAAACGAACGAAUGGCAGAAGAACUCAGUGGAAAAAUAACUUCACUAAAAGACAUAUCCAUCGAGCUAGGAAACGAAGUGCGAAAUCAAGAGAAAAUUAUACGUGGACUUGAUGACGACGUUGAUAGAAGUUCAGGUUUUCUUGGCAAAACAAUGGGUACACUAUCCCACCAGGCCAAUUGCAUCCUCUUAGUAGGUAAAGAUAAUGUACUGGCUAAUCAAUACUUGGCAGGCACCGUCAUGCUACCCUGCAUUAUGUUAGACAACAAUUCAUGA